UGCUGGAGGUCGGGCAUGCCCAUGAAACAUCCACUGCGAAAUGCUAUGCAACCGCCUAAAAGAGUGUGAUUAACAUUAAAUAACAGCGACAUGUGCCUCAAACUACUCUUUAAAUUGCUCUCGCUCACGAGCUGAUUAGUCACGAGUUGAAUAGAAGCGCGUGGGAAACACCGAGGAGCUCCGAAAACUGUCCGUCCGUUUUGUCCUACAAAGGCGCCGAGAGUUUGACAGCGGCAGGACCUCACUGCGCAGGCCUGACGUUAGGUAAACUGCCGGAGGAGGACGGCAUCCAAAAGGACUCCAUGAGACAAUAAAGUCUGUCCUUUCUGCAGAGGGAAGCGAGUGAAAACAUGAGGAAGGACGUGAGGAUACUGCUUGUGGGGGAACCCAAGGUGGGGAAGACAUCACUGAUAAUGUCUCUGGUCAGUGAGGAGUUUCCUGAUGAGGUUCCUCUCCGAGCUGAAGAGAUCACCAUCCCAGCUGAUGUCACCCCGGAGAGGGUGCCCACACACAUCGUUGAUUACUCAGAGGCAGAACAGUCAGAUGAGCAGCUGUACCAAGAAAUAUCAAAGGCAAAUGUUAUCUGCAUAGUUUAUUCAGUCAACAAUAAGAAGUCCAUUGAAAAGGUGACAAGCCACUGGAUUCCUCUCAUCAAUGACAGAACGGACAAAGAUAGCAGGGUGCCAUUGAUCCUUGUGGGCAACAAGUCGGACCUGGUAGAACACAGCAGCAUGGAGACCAUCCUGCCAAUCAUGAAUCAAUACCAGGAUAUCGAGACUUGUGUGGAGUGCUCUGCCAAAAACCUGAAGAACAUCUCUGAGUUGUUCUACUACGCCCAGAAGGCUGUUCUCCACCCAACAGGACCCCUGUACUGCCCAGAGGAGAAGGAGCUGAAGCCCUCCUGCAUUAAGGCUUUAACUAGAAUCUUUAAAGUGUCUGACCUGGACAACGAUGGCAUCCUUAAUGACAACGAGCUCAACUUCUUUCAGAGAACGUGUUUCAAUACACCGCUGGCGCCUCAGGCCUUAGAGGAUGUAAAGAAUGUUGUCAGGAGGAACAUGACCGAUGGAGUCAAGGACAACGGACUCACACUCAAAGGCUUCUUGUUCCUGCACACCCUCUUCAUACAGCGAGGCAGACAUGAGACCACCUGGACUGUGCUGAGGAGGUUCGGAUAUGACGACGACCUGGAGCUCACACAGGAAUACCUGUUCCCCAUGAUAAAGAUCCCCCCGGACUGCACCACAGAGCUUAACCACAACGCAUACCUCUUCCUCCAGAGUGUCUUUGACAAACACGACAAAGACAGAGACUGUGCGCUGUCGCCAGAGGAGGUGAAGGACUUGUUCAAAGUGUUUCCCUACAUGCCCUGGGGUCCGGAUGUGAACCACACGGUCUGCACUAACGAACAGGGAUGGAUCACAUACCAGGGCUACCUCUCCCAGUGGACGUUAACAACUUAUUUAGAUGUACAGCGUAGUUUGGAGUACUUAGGUUACCUUGGCUACUCUAUCAUCUAUGAACAGGAGUCCCAAGCUGCUGCCAUCACAGUGACACGGAACAAGCGCAUCGAUCUUCAGAAGAAACAGACCCAGCGCAGCGUCUUCCGCUGCAAUGUCUUGGGGGCCCGGGGCAGCGGGAAGAGCGGCUUUCUUCAAGCUUUCCUGGGCAAGAACCUGCAGAAACAGAGGCGGAUCAGAGAAGACCACAAGUCCUUCUACGCCAUCAGCACGACCUAUGUUUAUGGUCAGGAGAAGUACCUGCUGCUCCAUGAGGUGAUGCCAGAUUUUGACUUCCUGUCCGAGGCGGAUCUAGCCUGUGACGUGGUCUGCCUGGUGUACGACGUCAACAACCCACGCUCUUUUGAAUACUGCGCCAAAGUGUACAAGCAAUACUUCAUAGAUAGCAAGACGCCAUGUGUGGUCAUCGCCGGCAAGUCGGACCUGCACGAAGUACGGCAGCACUACAGCCUCUCACCGCACGAGUUCUGCCGUAAACACAAGCUCCACCCGCCCCAGCCGUUCACAUGCAGCACGGUCGAGGCACCCAACAAAGACAUCUACACUAGACUCACCACCAUGGCCAUGUACCCCCACGCCCGUCUCCGCUGCAUGUGUCACUGCAACAGGUGCACCUAUUGCCUGUGUCAGAACCUCCUCAAGUUGGAGCUGCUGCGCAGUAUUAAGGCCCAACUCCACAGGGUCGUUUUCAACAGCUCCAGCCAGCCCACCUGCUCUCUGUACAGUUUGACACAGCGAAGUGUGACCACGCUGUGCCAGCUAACACACAGGCUGCGAGCCAGGGAGGUGACAGUGUGUCGGAAUCUGUGUGGAAACAUGCAUGGUGUUACUUGCUUGUGCAGUGCAAACUCCAAAUACUAACCCUCAAACCUGGGAAUAGAUAUUUCUGUCUUCUGAGACUAUUUAUAUUUUGUAAAACUUGUGUAAUCGUAUAUGUUGUAAUGCUAUUUGGAACCAUGAUACACUGCAUCCAUAUUGUUCAGCCAGUUAAUCAUGCUGACAAAUUAUCAAGUCUAGUUAGGAAGCUCUUGGAAAAUAAUGAUAAUAAUAAAUCAUGGAUUGGGGAGUGAAUUUUGAAGUAUUAAAAGCUGACUUUUGACCCUUUUUUUUUUUUUAGAGCUGUUUGCGCCCUCCUGUCCUGUAGUGGAUAUGCAAACUGUAAAUCUUGGCUAACAUGCAAAUCAUUUGCACUGCGAAUGAGAGAAACCAACCACUCCCUUUGGUUUGUGCUUCAUUCAAACUGAAAACCUCAUUUAUUAAAGCCUGCAUGUCUGCAUGUUUGAUAAUGUGAUUUCUUUUCAGUCACAAACAAAUUAAAAUUCUUCAUGGCUAUUAAUUUUUCUGUGGCUUUACCCUCUACUAUCAAAGAGUAUUUGAUUAUCUGUGAUGUUUUCAGUCUCCCUUUGUCUUUGUUUCUAAUCUUAACGCUGAAGUCCACACGCACAGGAGACACUUUAUUUUGAAAAGCACAGGAGUUACUCUAAAGCUGGAGUAAGCAGAAAUCUGGAAGAGGCAAAAAACAGAAACGUAAGGAAGAAAAGAAUACUCUCCUUCUGCAGCCCCCCCAUCUGUCCUAAACCCCUCCCACCAGACGACCACAGGCAUAUGCACAUGCAUGAUACAGUAACCAAGUCUUUCACGUUCUUAUUUCAUCGUAGAGCUGUCACUCUCUUGAUCAGACCACUAUGAGCCUAGAAUUACCUAGCAUACCACCCAGUGAUCCAUCCGCCUCACUCCCCGCCGCUGAGGACUACCUGCCAGAAGGAGAGCGAACAACAGCUCUGAAGCUUUGGUUGGCGGCUGUAGUGGCUCGAAUUUGGCCAGCGUUAACCCCCCCAGCACUGGGUAUCACAGAGCUGGUGCCAGCUGUGUAACGGCAGCAACAGAAAGUUUGCUGAAUAUGACGGGGAACUGGGCUUUCUUGUCCCCCAGCGCUUGGGUUAGCGCUGGCUGGAUUCUGGUUGCUGCGGCUGCUGAUUAGGAGCUCUUCUUUAAAGUAGUCUGCCUCUUUUUUCUUUGUUGCUUUGCAGUGUGGGCAGUUGUUGACAAUGCUGGAAUAGCAACUUUUUUUUUGCAUGGUUUUCCACCGUUGAAUCAGGUUUUCACUGAAGGGUCGUGCAGGUACAUCUGCGUUUGUAGAACAGCCAGUAGGAACACUGCCCUCUCUCUGAAAUGAACUGUGAUUGGCAGAAGUCCCCCCUCAUAGGCCAGAUUUUCUAAAGCCUGAAAACGAGCCACGGGAAGAAGUUUAGUAUUCUCUCUGUCCACUACAGGAUUUUUGUCAAAUAGCGCCAAAAUAAAACUGCCUACCCCAGCUUUCAUUGUACAUUACUAAAAUAAAAUCUCCUGUGGGUUCAGACUUUAUAAUGUAACAGGCUGAUGUGUGAAGUUAAAAUGUGUUUCUUUGAUGUUUAAAUUGAUUGUACUCUGUCAUUUCAUCCUGUUUUUCCUAUCUUGUAUUUCCUGUCUUUGUUUUUCUCCUUCCCCUCUAUAGGUGUUCAUACACAUGUUUUUGGCUGCCCCUCUUCCUCCUCCUCUUGCACGUGUUCACCCUCUGCUAAUCUUUCUGCUGUUAUGUUGCAUGGCUCACCUGUUUUCUACCUCUCUGGAUAACCAAAGACAUGCCUCGGUCCUGAGCUGGGAAGAGGUGUCUCAUCUGUACAUGUCGACAGUGAAGAGAGCUUGGUGUUUUGAAUAAGAUGGGGAAGGGGGUUUAGUGAAUGCAGGAUUUAAAUGGCUGUGGAUGGUGUUGGACUCGGCAGAGGUGUGUUGUUGUGUGUUUGCAGAUUUUUUUCUAUAUUAGCCCAACGAAAUGUAGGGCUUCUGGUUGGGCGUUCAUGGACCUAGGCAGAGCCACGUACUGUAAUGUUGCAUCCAGCACUAACCCUUUGUCUUGAUACGUUUUUAAUCUCUGGGAGUUGCUGACACUAUUAAUAGCAUGACACUUAAUGGGCCAGCCACGGCAGUGCAAGGGGCAGACACACCACAUUGAAUGCCCAGCGUGUUUUCCCAAAAGUAGGUUGGGCUGACUGGGUUAGAUGAUAUUGUUUUAAUUUUAUAUGGUAUGACAAUUUAAUCUAAGUCACAUACAUAGUGUACAAUAUUAAAUUAACAUCUUAGAUCACCAAAUUGCAAGCACUCAGUGUCAUUUCAGAGGGAAUAAACUAUUUUGAGUCUACAAACGGAUCUAAAUUGCCAAUCAAAAGAAUUAAGUUAAACAUACAAUGUUUGCAAAAUAUGUAAGGGCAUUAGCAAAAGAGAAAAGCAGAAGAAAAACUGACAGACUAAAUAAAGAUAAAGAAAUUUCCAAAGAAAUUCACACUGGACAGAAAGGGAAAUGACAUCUUCUAAAAUCUGUUUUCAGCAUCUCCGGUCUGUCUGCCAUGUGGUGUGUACAGUCUGUAUGUAAUGUGUGUGUGUGUGUGUGUGUGUGUGGCUUUUUUGUCAGUGUUUUGAGUGUGCGGUGGCAUUUGACGAUGUAUGCCGUCAUAGUUGAGCUCGUGCUUCAAAGGUUUGGGUGGUGAUUCUAGCUCCUUACUUUGCGGUCUGGGUAGAGCUGGGUGAUAUGAAUUAAAUCAGACGUCGCUUUAUUUUCUAGCGCUAACAUACAGUAAUUUUGAUGUAACUGUUGAUACUUAAAAAUACAUAAUCUGAACUAGUUAAAUGUCUCCUGCCUAAAACAUUCAUAAGUAAUGUUUUUUGUUUUUUUUUUUAAAAAAGAAAAGAUAAAUAAUGUGGCCAAAAUAGUGAAUCAGUUAAUCUCAUUCAAACAAAAUUAAGAUGAUAUGUAGCCUUAGAGUACAGUGUCAGUUUUAUAUUUGAUGGUGUCCCCCUGCUCUGAGAUUGAAUAUUUAAAAUAAAUAAAUAAAUUCUAGUAUGUUUUUGACCUUGAUGUUCAUACUGAGAAUAUAUUUUAAAAUUAAAAUAUUUUUAUAGUUAUAUUAGAAUAUUAUUAAUUAUUUAAUUUGAUUAUUCAUUUAUUUUAAAUAUUUAAAAUAUUUUAAAAAAGGAGAAAAAAUAGUCUGUUACUUAUGUUGACGAAGAUAUAGUAAAAAAAAAAAAUCAAGUGCAGGCAUUCAAAAAUUAUUUCAGCAGUCAUAAUUUCAGCGUAAAAAGGCUAAGACAACAUUUUAUACGUUAAAAUAUGACAAAUCUCACAUAGUAUGUUGUGUCACAUAAUGAUGUCAGUAUUAGAGCUAAUUUAUUGGUCAGUCCGAAGAAAAGAUCUGCAACAAUUUUGAUAAUUCUCUAAUUGUUCAAGUAAUUUUUUAUACAAAUAGAUAUGCAGAAAAUUCAGAUUUAAUCUUAAAUGUAAAUGCUGGUUUUCGUGUAGUCUGCCUUGAUAAUAAAAUAAAUAAAAUAUUUGUAGUGUUAAGACCUUUGGUUGGGUGAAAUAAAAAUGUUAGCUCACGUUCUGAAAACUUUUCAUAUACUAAAUAAAUAAUUCUUUAAUCAAGAAAGUAACUGUCGGAUGAAGGGCAGAGUCAAUAUUAUAUUCAUAGUAUUAUAUUACAGUAUCUCCCAGCACUACCUACUGUAUCUGAGUCUUUGUGUGUGAGCACGCACCAGUCAACCGUGUGACUGGGUGUGUGUGUGUGUGUGUGUGUGUGUGGAAGGCUGCUGGGCUGGGUGGAGGCUGUGGGGGUUUACCUGCUGUCAGAGGAGGAUUUCAGCCUGACGCAGCAGGUUUCACCCGUAUCCAACGUGGAGGGGUCCAUCUUUAUGGAGGCCUCUGCUGAG